AUGGCUUUUAUUACUAUAAUCCUUAUUCUGUUAUUUAUGUUUAUCUUAUUUGACUAUAAUUUUUGUUCCAAAGCAUUAGUGUUCUACAUAGGAAACAAAUCCUUGAAAAUUCUUAAGCGAUGUAGCAACCUGGAAAAAAUUUACAGAAGCACCAUUUAUCUCUUAUUUCCCCUUUUUCAACAGCUAUUUGUGCACACAUUUUAUUUUUACAUAGAAGAAAAAAAGACAUACUUGAGUAAUUUAAUAUAUGAAAAUUUAGAACAAAGGAAAGAAGAUGAAGAAGAAAAAAGGAGUAGUUACAAAAGUUUUAAUGAUGGAAAAAAAAAUAUGAAUAGUUUGCUUAUUAGUACAGUAAACAAGAUAAAAAAAUAUAUAUACUUGAAAGCAUUACAUUUAUUUUUUUUUAUUGUAGAAUAUACAAAUAUUUAUGGAAAUAUUAAUUUGAAGAGUAAUAUAAACACAAGAGAAGUAUUGAAUAACAACAGUUUUGGUGUUGUAAUUAUUGAUUAUUAUUUACCGAACUGUGCAAUAAAAAAAAAAAAAAAAAAAAAAAAGAAAAAAAAAAGUGAUACUAGUAGUGAAGUAAGCAAUACUAAUAGCAGCAUUGACCUGUACGAUUUUGUAAAUAUAAAACAAGAAAAAAAAAUUAAGUUAAUUCUCAUCGAUAAAAAAUGGAAGAGUGUUUUAAAUAUAUCACACAUUGACGAUGCUGAUGUCCAAUUUUUAUAUUUACAAGAUUCUGUUUUAAUACAACAUCUCCAAUUUUCAUGCAUAUUCCAAGGUGAUUAUUCAAAAACAUCUUUUAACUCGAAUGAACAGAAGAAGGACGAUGCACUAACGGGAUGCACUAAAUGGAAAGGCGGAAAUUGUAAAGGGGAAAAAGAGAUGGUAAAAGAAGCAGUAAAAGUUGGGAAUGAAGCGGUAAAAGACAUAUGGAACGAAGCUGUAAAAGACGUAGGGGAUGAAGCGAUAAAAGACGUAGGGAACGAAGCGAUAAAAGACGUAGGGAACGAAGCGAUAAAAGACGUAGGGAACGAAGCGAUAAAAGACGUAGGGAACGAAGCGAUAAAAGACGUAGGGAACGAAGCGAUAAAAGACGUAUUAGUAGCAGGAAGUGGGGAAGAAAAAACUAUCCCCUUGUCAGAAAAGAAGGGUCAUCAGGGGGAGGAAAUAAAAAAAUAUUUCCCACAAAAUGAGCUAAAGGAAAAGAGAAAAUGGACAUAUAUUUUGGAUGGGUCGGAGGUAGAAGAAGACAAAGGGAAGAGUCAGUUGAAGAGGGAGAAGGAAAAUCAAAACUACUACACAAGUAAGAGGUCUAGAAUGGGGGAAAAUAAAAUGAAAGAGGAAUUUAAAGCAUACCUAAGUAAAUGGAAAUACAAAAAUGUAAAAGGUAUAAUAGUUAUAAUACCUGAAAUAUUUUACAAUUACGUAAAUAUAAACGAUAUGAAAAGGAAUGUUCCGUUAUAUUAUUUUUUAACGAAAGAUGUAAAGGUAGAUGCCUUUACAGUCAUAGCCAAGUUGUUAGGGUAUAUUUGCAUUCACAUACAUAUUAAUUUAAAUUUUGGUUUAUCCAUUCCUUUUAUUUUUAAGACGGAGAAUACGAAUAUUUUAAAUAUUCCAAAUGAGUUUAACGGGAUAAGUAAGAAUAAUAGUAAAGAUAAUAAUUAUGAUGAUAAUACUAGUGUGCAAAGGGACAACAAUGUCGAUGGGCCUGUGAAAAGUCAGGCAAAACAAAGUAGUCGAUGGAAACAGAACAGUGCAAUAAAUAACAACUGUACGUGCAAGGAUAAAAAGAAUAGCAAUGAGGACUACACAACGGUGAAGAAGUGUAUGCCUGAUGUUAAACAUGACGAAAAUGAAGCGGAGGGAAAGAAGGAGGAGAAGAAGGAGGAGGAGAAGAAGAAGGAAAAACAAAAAAGACAUACCAGUACGAGUCAUAACGACAUUGAGAAGAGAACUAAUCGUUAUGUUACGCAUCAUCCUUGCAAUGAUUACGAAUUAAUGGAAAAUAGUGAUAGGAAAGAUAAGCACGAUGAGCAUGUUAAUCAGGUUGAUCAAGUUAAGCACGUUAAGCAUGAUGAGGUAAGGCUAAAAUCAAAGGAGUGUGAGGGUGCACGUACGUCUACAACUUCUGAACAAGUUCAUGCACCCCUGUUUUCUUGCCCUUUCUCCUUUUUUAAUGAUAACAUUAACGACCUAAAUAUAGCCAUGUCUCAUUUCAAAACACUUUUUAAAAAUUAUAAUUUUAUUUUCUUAAGUUUUAAUGAUGGAACAAAUAUCAUGUUAAAUUAUUUUUUAGAAAUAAUUCAAAAAAAGAAAAAGAAUAAAGGUGCAGGGGAUAAACAUCAAACGCACUUUAAUAUAAACAAUGUUAAUCCGUAUAAAUGUAAUUUAUCCAGUUAUAAAAAGAUAAAUCUAAAUGACAAAAAAAUGGAUUUAUUCGGCAUGGAGAAGGGAAAAGACAAGAAUAACAGAAGACUGACUAGGGUAAAUAGGAGCG